CCGAGGAGUGGUCGGGGCGGCUCCUUCGAACCAUGUACCAUGCUGAGGAGUUCAUCGACCAGUUCCACCUCAGAGAGGCCCGCGAGAGGCACGAUGCCCUCCACAGGGCCACAUGGCCGCUCGUUGCGCUCAUCUCCAAGUGCAAGCUGUGGAGGGACUUGUCCAUACUGGUGAAUAAGAUGGAGGGGUUGUGUGAUGAGAAGUUCUUGAAGGAAGGGGCCGAGGGCAGGAGGAACAAGGAACUUGCUAGUUCGUCCUCUCAUGAUAGUGUUCCAUGGCAAGGCAAUAAAUUGGCGAGGCUGACUAGUUUCUGGGAUCAGUACGAGCCGACUUUUUUCAAUUAUCUCGACGCCAGGAAAAAGGAUUUACUGGAGCGGAUCAGAGCAAAAUCGACAUGGUACCCACUGACUACUUCGAUUUGGGCCAGGCAAGGUGCCGGCAAGACUAUCCUCGCGAGAUGGGUCUACAACCAAGCGAAGUACAUGGACUAUGAGCAGCGCGCUUGGGUCCGCGUCUCGGCCAGCAUGGACAAGCGGGAGUUCCUGUGCGAAAUACUGAAGCAAGUCGAGAAGCAAGCGAGUGAAAUGAAGGACGUGGAUAUCGAGGAGAUAAGGAAGACGCUGAUCCGGAAAUUGGCCAAGACCGAGAGAUUCCUCAUAGUGUUGGAUGACGUGAAGCCGUCCAACGAGCCACUGUUGCGAGAGUUGGCGAUGAGCAUCCCGCCCUCUUCGCAAGGGCACAUAAUUACCACGACCGAGGACACUAACAUAGCCAGCUACAUGAAUACAUCUGGGGAAAAGCCGAUCGAGCUAGAUAAGUUGGGCGAUGAAGAAAGCCAGAAGAUGCUCGCCUGGAAGUUGCAUGGAGAACGCGACAUUCGGAAACUCAAAAUUGAGGAGAAGAAUAUCGUAAAAGUGUGUGAUGGCUGGCCGCUCUAUAUAUCCUUACUCACCGGGUUUCUAUCGAAUGCUGGAGAGCAGGAACGCGCAGCGUUGGGAAAAGAGGGUUUUAUAAUGACAUCGUUAGAUAUACUAAAAUUGAGUUGCCAUCAAUUGCCGGCUUAUCUAAAACCGUGCUUCAUCUACAUGGCUUUGUUCCCCGUAGGAUUCCCCAUUCCGACAAGAAGGCUAGUGAGGCUGUGGUUGGCCGAGGGCUUAUUGGAUUCGCGUUGUUACAACAUAGAAAGGGAUAGGAAAAGGCAGCCCGAGGAUGUGGGAGAGACGUUCAUUCUGGAGCUCGCGGAUAGGAAUGUGAUCCAUGUGGUGAGCCAGAGAGCGGAUGGAUCCCCCAAAGCUUGUCGAAUGCUCACCCCUCUGCAUGACAUGAUCCGCCCGAUUGCGAUGAGCAUGGGGUUCCUCCACAUACAUGCCACUAGCGAGUUGAAAGACAUAAAAGGCCGUGACCCAACCAACCAGCAACAACAGCUGCAGAACCAACAGAUUCGGUGGCUUGCGGAGCACACCAACAUAGUCACAGACAUCCACAGCGGCAGCUACCCUGCUUUGAAGCUCGGCCACAUCCGCUCGUUUCUGUCAUUCUACCUGAGGAGAGGCUUGCUCACCAAAGACGUCAGCACGUUUCUUAGGAAGAUGACGUCUGAGACAAACUACAGCUUGCUCAGGGUGCUUGAUUUGGAGGGUGUGUAUAAGCCAACCUUGCAAGGUGUGCUCCCCAAGCUGGUGCUUCUAAGGUACCUAGGAUUGAGAUCCACGGUGUUGGAUUCACUCCCGAGCGCCGUUGCAGAUCUGCAACAUCUCGAGACUCUUGACAUAAAACACACCAACAUCACUUCGCUACCCAGUUCCUUAUGGAAGGCGAGGAACUUGAGGCACCUGCAUCUCAACUGGUUUUACAUCGACUUCAAGAACAUCCUCAAGGCUUGCAGCACCAAUGUCAAGGCCUUGACUCAACUCCAAACCUUAAGCGGGCUGGUCAUCGGUGAAGUGAGGGAGAACUCGAUGACGGGCCACAUGAGCAGCAUGCCCGCGCUCACCACACUCAAGCUUUUCUUGCAACACUCGGAUAAGGAGCCCUCAGGCGCCGCGGGAAAAACAGUAGCCGAUUGGAUUAGCUUCAGGCUCACCGGUCUCCAGUCCUUGACCUUUGGGGUGAUCCAAGAAGCCAAGCCCGCGGAAGAAACCCAGCUCGCGAAAGAAGCCAUGAAAGUAGCCAAGCCCGCGGAAGAAACCCAGCUCGCGAAAGAAGCCAUGAAAGUAGCCAAGCCCGAGGAAGAAGCCCAAACCGCGAAAGAAAUCAAGCGUGAGCCCGCUAAAGAAGCCAAGCCCACCGACAAAGCCGAGAGAAAAGACCAUCAAGAGAUCGCAGAUAGGCCCGUUACCGGAACUGUCGUUGGCUGAUCAACAUCGCGACCUGUUGGAGCUCUACUUGCUGGGCCAACUCAAACCCAGCUGGAAACAGCUCUUGCCAGUCUCGCUUAGGGUCUUGACUCUGUCGGGUUCGAGGGUGGAAACAGACAUGAUGCCCCAGUUGGGCGGUCUCCUGAGACACCUGAGGACGUUCAGGCUGUUGGCCAAUUCUUUCCUAGGCACUAGUCUGACGUUCACCAAAGAUGGGUUUCCAAGCCUCAAGAUCUUGAAGAUUUGGAAGCUGCCUCACCUUGAGAAGGUGAUUAUUGAAGGAGGAGCAAUGCUCCAUCUCAAAGAACUUGAGCUUAGGCACCUCAAUGCAAUGGAAGAACUUAUAGGGAUUACGGAGUGUAAGGAAUUGGAGAAUAUAUGUGUAAUAGUCAAAAAGGGUGCUCAGGGUUUUGUCGACCAUCUCGAGGACGUAAAAGGACUGACCGCGAAUCUGUACAAAAUAGAAGAGAACCCUGAACCUAUGGAUGAUAACGAGGAUGACAGGGACAAACAAAUGGAGGAUCUCUCCGUGCAGAUUGAAAGGGAAGCUGAGAGACCUAAAUCUGUAAAUGACAAUGACAGUCUUGACAAAUCCAAGGAUGCUCUUUGAAUGCGAGCCACUACAAUGAUCUUUAAAGUUGAAAAUAUGUAUAUGUCCCAUCCUCCCAUCCUGCCAAGCCCUCCCUUUUUCUCUCUCUAAGUGUGCAAACAAAC